AUGAAUCCCGAAGUGAAAUCCGGAGGACAGCCCCGGCUUGCCCUGAUCCAGCGCGCGAUUGAAUCUGACCGCGACGCCGCGCACGCGGGAGCCGUGAGUGCCAUUCGCAAGGCGGCGGCCGGCGGGGCUCGCAUCGUCUGCCUCCCCGAGUUGUACGACCUGCCCUACUUUCCGCGGCUGGUCGCGGUCGAGUCCUGGCGGUACGCCGAGCGGCAACCCUCGGAACGGGUUGGGGAACUGGGCCGGCUGGCCGGCGAACUGGGAGUCGUGCUGGUGGUGCCGGUCUUCGAGGAGGCUGCCCCCGGCGUGCUGUUCAACACGGCCGUCGUCUAUGACGCCGACGGCAGGUGUCUCGGUUCCUACCGGAAGAAUCACAUCCCGGACGGACCCGGCUAUCACGAAAAGUACUACUUCACGCCGGGAGACCGCGGGUAUCCGGUAUGGGAGACGGCCUUCGGGCGGAUCGGAGUGGGUGUCUGCUGGGAUUCGUGGUUUCCCGAGACGGCCCGGCUGCUCGCCCUUGGCGGCGCCGACCUCCUCCUGUUCCCUACCGCGAUCGGUAGCGAGCCGGAUCGGCCGGGCUACUCCUCGGAAGACGCCUGGCGGACGGUCAUGCGUGGGCACGCGAUCACGAACGGCGUCUUCGUCGGGGCUCCGAACCGGGUUGGUGUCGAAGGCACGAUGACCUACUACGGCGGAAGUUUCGUCUGCGAUCCCUUCGGCGAGGUGGUGGCUCAUGCCGGUGACGAUCCCGAAAUCGUGUUUGCGGAUCUCGACUACGGGAAGAAUCGGGAACUGCGCGAACUGCUCCAGUUCUUUCGGGAUCGGCGGGUCGACACCUAUGGCGCCUUGCUGCGGGUAUCACCCGACCUCGGGUCGUCCGAGUAG